UACUUUCAGUUCUACGGAACAAGCUGUCCUAUACCUUGAUGUGAUGACUUCAGCUUGGAACAUCUGUGGACAAGAUGUGGUGACAGCAUUUGACCUUUCAUCUUUUAAAAAUGUUUAUGAUCUUGGAGGAAAUACAGGUGCCUUUGCCAAGAAAUUUAUCGCAGCAUAUCCACAGUCAAGAGUAACUGUCUAUGAUUUACCACAGAUGAUCCAUAUUGCAAGAACGUAUGAUAAGCUGAUUAAGGAUUCCCAGAUUUCUUUCCAAGAAGGAGAUUUAUUUAAGGAUCCCAUUCCAACAGCAGAUCUGUACAUCAUUGCACGUGUUAUUCAUGUACUGCCAGAGGAGAAAUGCAUUGAGCUUCUAAGAAAGGUUUAUGCAGCAUGUAAACCUGGGGGCGCAGUUGUUGUAGUAGAAUGCUUCCUGAAAGAUGCCAAUGAUGAGGUAAUCACAGCAAACACACAGCACUUCAUGAUGGCCCUUAUGACAGAAGGAAAAGAACGCACUCCAAAGGAAAUGGCCCUGCUCCUGGAAGAUGCAGGAUUUCAAGAUGUUCAAAUUAAGGGGACAGGAAAAAUCUAUGACCCCAUGAUAGGCAGAAAAGUACUUAAGUAAUUAUAUGUAGUGAGUUUUAGUACUAUAUUAAAAUACAUUCUUGAAAGUGGAAUUGCUGACAGAUUUCUUCCUUGUGAACCUCUUUUCUUAAUUUUUCCAUGUUUUUCACUAAGUCUAAUUGUACAGUUAAAUCUAGAUGUAACUGGUAGAACUGUGUGCCAGUUUAAUUUUGUUACUUGUUAUUCGCUUCUGAUACUUUACACAUUUUUUAACUGAAUGGGUACCUUAAAAUGUGGCCUUUAAAAAUAAAAGUGUGUUAUUUCAGCUUGUUAAUCCAAUGGAAAGAUAUAACAGCACCACCUCAACUUCAGUCACAGGCAUAAUUCACAAGUCAUUCGUUAGUUAGGUAGUUAAUUAAUUUAUUUAUUUAGAUUUGUUGUUCCAGUGAGAACACUGAUACAAAAGGGCCUAUUUCAGGCUCAGACCUGCAAUGAUACAAAGCUAAAUAUUGCAUUCCGGAAGAAAUGUUUUUUCUGUGAUUCUACAUACAAAAAAUACUUGGCCAAGCAUCAUCAUCACACCAAAAAAACAAAUAACUUAAAGCGUACACGCAUCAAAGUUUAAGAACAGGCUAUUAUACAAUGUAAGUUGUGUAAUCUUUCAUGAAUAUUAAAACACACAGCACGGUCUUCUGAAACUCAUUGUAAAGACUGCAACAUAUAAAUAAAAUUAUGGUAUUUAGGUCCAAAGAGGUCAUCGAUUUGACCUGCCACUGAGUACAAUGCCUGUUUUGAUAGGUAUAUGACCAGGCACAUCCAGCAACUGGAACAUCACACAGGUUCUUCAGUAAAAUAAUACUAGGUGCAAGAAAGAUGCCCUAUGCAGACCGUCUCAAGGCUCUGACCUUGUAUUCAGUCUCCUAAAGGUUUUGAGGGGAGAUCAUACCUCUCCACUCUCCAGAUUUUCCCAGAAUGUCCAGAUUUUUGGCUCAUAUUUUUGGUCUGUUCCUCAUAACUCAGGUCUC